GCCGGCGGCGCGGGGGUGUAACCCGAGAGCUUUCGCUACAAAGUCCCCGCGCCUGUUGCUGGAGCCAACAGAAGGCGCGAGGGCUGCAGGCGGAGAGAGCCGAGCGCUGCCGGGCUGAUCGCUCCCACGAAGCCGGCGAAGAACCUUUGUGGAGCCCGCCGCGCUCGGCCGUCGGAUUUAUUCUUCGGUCGCUUUCCGCGGGACUCGCCGGCACCGGUGAGCGAGGGAGGGAGUGGAGGAGCCUCGCUCCCUUCCCCAGCCGGCUUGCGCAGCGAGGGAUGGAGCCCGGGCGGAGCGCGCCGCAGGACGGAGCCGCGGGACAGUGCUGAAGCAGCGGUGGCAAGAGGCUUGGAAGAUCCAAGGGACAAGAAGAGACAACAGGAUGACAGCCCUGCUGUGUGGCCUUCUCAGGCUCCUGGCAGUGGCAACAACAUGUGCUUGGGCAGCUGCUUCUGCUGAAGGAACGAUGGAGCCAGAGAUGCUUGACAGCCACAUGCUGGAGGCGGAGGAGGAGCACUUGCUACUGGACCCAGGGAGUCUGCUGAAGCUCUACUGCAGCACCAACCACAGCAUUGCGAUCAUAUGGUAUAAGGAAGCCAAGCAGCUUUUCCCAAGCGGGCGCAUCCACAUGCGGCAGAGCGUGCUAGAGAUUGUGGAAGCCACCUAUGAAGAUUCAGGCCUGUACUCCUGCCGAGCACAGAGCACCGGGGAAAGCCUGCGCAACUUCACCAUCUCUGUUGUGGAUUCAUUGGCAUCUGGUGAUGACGAUGAAGACAGUGGUGUGGAGAGUGCCCAUGCAGAUUCCCUUGAGGAGCCCAUACAUACCCGGCGAGCACCUUACUGGACUCACCCUCACCGAAUGGACAAGAAGCUGUAUGCAGUCCCGGCAGGGAACACAGUCAAGUUCCGCUGCCCAGCCUCUGGGAGCCCCAACCCGACAAUCCGCUGGCUGAAGAAUGGGAGGGAAUUCCGAGGGGAGCACCGGAUUGGAGGGAUCAGGCUAAGGCAUCAACACUGGAGCUUGGUCAUGGAGAGUGUGGUGCCUUCGGACCGAGGCAACUACACUUGCCUGGUGGAGAACAAGUUUGGCAGCAUCCGCUACAGCUACUUCCUGGAUGUGCUAGAGAGAUCUCCGCACAGGCCUAUCUUGCAAGCCGGGCUGCCGGCCAACACCACCGCAGUGGUGGGCAGCGACGUUGAGUUCUUCUGCAAGGUGUACAGCGAUGCCCAGCCCCACAUACAGUGGCUCAAGCACAUUGAAGUGAAUGGCAGCAGCUACGGCCCAGAUGGAGUCCCUUAUGUGCAAGUGCUUAAGACGGCAGAUAUUAACAGCUCGGAGGUGGAAGUGCUGUACCUGCGCAAUGUCUCCAUGGAAGAUGCUGGGGAAUAUACCUGCCUGGCAGGGAAUUCCAUUGGCCUGUCAUACCAGUCAGCUUGGCUCACUGUGCUUCCAGAAGAAGAAGAAGUGCAAGAGGCGAAUGCCCCUGAAAUCAAGUAUACAGAUAUAAUUAUCUACACUUCAGGAUCUUUGGCCAUCGCGAUGGCUAUUGUCAUUGUUGUCUUGUGCCGGAUGCAAACCCAGCCGAGCAAGCAGCCCUUGGAGCCCAUGGCCGUACACAAACUCUCCAAAUUCCCGCUCAUUCGGCAGUUCUCCUUGGAAUCCAGCUCCUCGGGGAAGUCCACCACAUCACUGAUGCGUGUCACCCGCCUCUCCUCAAGCUGCACACCCAUGCUGGCUGGGGUCAUGGAAGUGGAGCUGCCUCUGGACUCCAAGUGGGAAUUCCCACGAGACAGGCUUGUGCUGGGCAAGCCACUGGGUGAGGGCUGCUUUGGGCAAGUGGUGAGAGCAGAAGCCUACGGCAUCGAUCAAGAACGGCCAGAGCGACCCAUCACUGUGGCUGUCAAGAUGCUCAAAGAUAAUGCCACUGACAAAGACUUGGCUGACCUCAUCUCAGAAAUGGAAAUGAUGAAACUGAUGGACCAACAUAAGAAUAUUAUUAACCUGUUAGGAGUCUGUACGCAGGAUGGGCCUCUCUUUGUGAUUGUGGAGUUUGCUGCCAAGGGGAACUUGCGGGAGUACCUGCGCGCCCGUCGCCCUCCCACACCAGACUACACCUUUGAUAUCACCAAGAUGCCUGAGGAGCAGCUGUCCUUCAAAGACUUGGUCUCCUGUGUCUACCAGGUGGCACGUGGCAUGGAGUACCUAGAGUCCAAGCGGUGCAUUCACCGGGACCUGGCUGCUCGCAACGUCCUUGUCACCGAAGAAAACGUCAUGAAAAUUGCAGAUUUUGGCUUGGCCCGGGGUGUUCAUGACAUUGACUACUACAAGAAAACCAGCAAUGGCCGUCUACCCGUAAAAUGGAUGGCACCAGAGGCUCUUUUUGACAGGGUGUACACCCACCAGAGUGAUGUGUGGUCCUUUGGCAUUCUGAUGUGGGAGAUCUUUACGUUGGGUGGUUCUCCAUAUCCGGGCAUCCCGGUGGAAGAACUCUUUAAGCUCCUGAGAGAAGGUCACCGGAUGGACAAGCCCUCCAACUGCACCCACGAACUGUACAUGAUGAUGCGUGAGUGCUGGCACGCUGUGCCUUCCCAGCGGCCCACCUUCAAGCAGCUGGUAGAGGGACUGGAUAAGGUCUUGGUUGCUGUCUCUGAAGAGUACCUGGACCUGUCAAUGCCCUUUGAACAGUAUUCUCCAUCCUGCGAGGACACGACCAGCACCUGCUCCUCUGAUGACUCUGUCUUCACCCAUGACCCUCUGCCCAUCACCCCCUGCCUCUUCCCCUACCACAAUGUGCGGACAUGAGGAGAGUAGCAGGCAGUGGACCCCAGGGCAGGAUUUCCCCUCUCUAUUCCUAGAGGAUUACGCAGCUUGGGAGCAGAAGUUCUUACAUUGUCCCUGGUGGAAGAAAAUGCUGGGAGCCAUAUCAGCAGGGGCUGAGAGUACAUCUCAAGGUUCUGGAGCCUGCUGGACACCCGCAACUUACAAGGUUCCCUGGCGAGGACUGGAUGCCUUCCUUGUAAACUUCUGCAGGUGCUCCCAGCACUCGUGCUGGUGCCUUCUUGCCCUAUAAUCUCAGGUUCCCUCAAAGCCGUUGCUCUAGCUGAGCCUUGGAUGCUACCAGCUGUCUGAGGAGAAGUAGGACCAGAUAAGCAGGGAGGAACCUAUUCCCAGGGAGAGCAGCACUCUCAACAUGCCUGGGCUCCCCCUUCACCCAACCCAUGGGACCAUUCCCCCCAGCCAUGGGGUGCCCUGCUUGUUUGUUUGAUACUAUUCCCAAUUUAAUAAUAUUUUUAUGAAAUCUCAUUAUUUGGCAGGAGCCAGCCAGCUUUCUCAGGCCCACCCCAUCCGCAUGUGGACAGACGUUUUGAGCGGGGUGUGGCCCUUCCCUCCUGGCUCCUGCUGUCCCCUGUACAUAACCCUAGAGAUAAAUAUUUAUGUACAUAUCAUUUCUAAUGCACAUGAAUUAUCCACACCCAUAAAUUAUUUUUUUGGAAUAGA